UGACUCUGUCCCUCAAGACUCUCCGAAUACAAGCUCUGCGUAGCAGAGUAGUACAGUACGUAGUCUGCACAAUUAAGGGGCGUUCACAGAUCCCUCAAACCCAAAAUCCUCAUCCACCUCACAAACUUCGAACCCUGAUAAGCCCUAAUCUCUCGCUCACCUUUCUCACGGAUACGCUUUUCAUCGCUGUGUGAUUUCUGUUUUGUAGAAUUUAAUCUGUAUUUUUUUUUUUUUUUUUGGUUUGCGGGAAACGAAAAGCAAAAUAAUAUGGACAUAGAGGAAAAGCAAGCGGACCUCAUAGACCAUUUUGUUAAGCAAGCGUCGGCUCUCCAGGGCUCGGCCCUUGGGCCUCUCGUCGCCGAGGCCACCUCGCACCCUUCCCUCUUUGCCUUCUCCGAGAUUCUCACCGUUCCCUCCAUACUCCAGGUUGAAGGAACGGCAAAUUCUGUAUACCUUGACGUGCUUCGUUUGUUUGCUCAUGGCACCUGGAGUGAUUACAAACGUAUCUCUGGCCGUCUUCCGCAAUUGGUCCCUGAACAAACCCUCAAACUGAAACAACUUACUGUACUAACACUGGCUGAGACAAACAAGGUUCUACCCUACGAUCAGCUAAUGAAGGAGUUAGAUGUCACAAAUGUACGUGAACUUGAAGAUUUCCUAAUCAAUGAGUGCAUGUAUGCGGGCAUAGUCAGAGGGAAGCUGGAUCAGUUGCGAAGAUGCUUUGAGGUUCAAUUUGCAGCAGGGAGGGAUCUGAGACCUGGUCAACUCGGGAGCAUGAUACAGACACUGUCAAACUGGUUGGCUACAUCGGAUAAUUUACUCCUGUCAAUUCAAGAGAAGAUUAAAUGGGCUGAUAGUAUGGGUGAGUUGGACAAGAAGCACGGGAAGGAGGUUCAAGAUAGGGUGGAAGAAGUAAAGAAGUCCCUUUCACUCAAGGCCGACGCUGACUUCCGAGGGCAUGAGGAGAUCUACUCUGAACCUGGUGGAGUGAUGGACUAUGAGGAAGACCGAAGUCGUCCAAAGAGGAGGCGGCAUCCGAUACCUUGAACACAUGGAUAGAGGGAGCUCAUGGGAUUGUCAUUUAGGCAACCCGCCUGAUUUAUUCAGUUCAUGGAAUUCCGGCAGGGGAUAUGAUCCCAUGUUUGGGAGCAAUGUUUACUUGGCGAACUUGUCAUUGAUGCUUUAAACUAAUGUUUUGAAAUUCACUAGCUUGUAUUCCUGAGUUGGCAAGAACUAGAUCAGAUUUGGUGGUGCGGCUCUUUUUCUUUUUUGUUUUUUCCAUGUAGUUUGGUAAUUUGUGCUAUUUGAUGCUGUUAUUAAAUCCAUAUGUAUUGCUUUGAAAAUAGCUGGCAUAUACUAUAUACUAUAUACUACAUUCAGAUUC